AUCUACAUAUCAAGUGGUCUAGAUGUUUAACAAACGAGCGGGUCCCAAAUCAACCAGCGUAAUUUAAUGAUCAUACAGGACGUACACAGAUGUUCUUCGUCCACAUUGACAUUGUGUCCUUGGUUAAGAGAAAGUCUAGGUUGUGGCCUUCAUCCUAUAUUCAGGCAGACCAUCAUUUCAGAGACACUUGAGCACAUGCUUCUUCAGGAGGCUUGCGACAUUCAGAACCUAGCAUUCAUGCGAUGGGCCGUUUGAUCGAUUUAAUAAGUGACCGGGAAAUCCAGAUACUUGUAUUGCUCAGCUUCACAUUGCAGUUGUUCCUCUUCUUUGCUGGCAGACUUCGGCGUGGAAAUAGCAACGGGUUCCUAAGGCUCUGUCUCUGGGGAGCUUACUUGGGGGCAGACAUAGCAGCAGUUUAUGCACUGGGUUAUCUUUCACGGCGUCAGGAUGUCACCAUUGAUACCAACUUACUUACAGGAACCCAACCACUAGCUUUCUUUUGGGCACCAUUUUUCCUCAUCCAUCUAGGCGGGCAGGACACCAUUACUGCUUUCGCCAUGGAGGACAACAACUUGUGGUUGAGGCAUCUGCUGAAUCUGGUGACUCAAGUUGUCCUAGCUUUGUAUGUAUUCUGGAAGUCUAUUGGAAAACACAGUGCAAACCUUCUACUUGCGGGUAGCUUUGUGUUUGUUACUGGAAUUAUCAAGUAUGCAGAAAGAACAUGGUCUCUGAAGUGUGGCAGCCUUAGAAGUCUUGAGAGCUCAGAUUCAGAUCGUUACACAAGGAAAUUGCCUCAAGAAUUGUCACGGGAUGCUGGCUUUGUUCGUGAUGCUCUGUAUCACAUGACAUAUGUCGUUGAUGUCUUAUCCGAGCGUGCCAUGCUUCGUUUGGUCGAAGAUAGGCAUCUUUUCAACAAAGAAGAUGACAAGGACCUACUGGUUCGGAUGGUGAGUCUUCAGCUUGGCAUGAUACACGACGAUCUGUACACUAAGUCUUUUGUGCUCAGAACACGGAGUGGAGUUAUACUUAGAUGCAUCUCUCAUGCUGCAGUUAUUGUUGCUUUUGCGCUGUUCCUUGCAAAUGGCAAAGAGAGAUAUAGCAAAGCUGACAUUGCGAUCACCUAUUCGCUAUUUCUCGGAUGCCUUUUCCUGGAAGUCUCUUCAAUGGUUGUUUCAAUGAUGUCACCAUGGACAUGGGCGUGGUUCAAGGUUCAAAACUGUGAUGCCCUUGCCAGCUUCUCAUGGUUUGUCUUUCGCAGUGACACUGGAUACCCGAAGAUGAAACAACGGUGGCCAAAUUUGAUUGGACAGUACAACAUUUCUAGCUGGGUGUUUGACAGGGACCAACAGCGAAGAAAAUACAGUCAACGAAUCAUGAUCAUGUUCAAAAAGUUGUUUUCGGGCUUGUUCCGUGUCAAGAAGGAGAAAUUAUUUUGGAUGAGCAAGCUGGUAGACACUGAGUACAUGGAUCUGGAUAACAUGAUUUUGAAGCGUGUUGUUGAAGAGAUUACUCUAUUGUUAUGUGACUUCGACAUUAUUGAUGAACCCAAAGGAUGGCAGAAAAUCGGCAUCAUGUUGACAGGAACACACAAAAUCUGUUAUGCAAAUUUUGGUUUGUCUAUUGUCUUUAUGCAUCUAGUCACUCAGAUGCAUUUGGAAACAUAUGCUUCUUUCAAGUCGGACAUAGAGGCAGUUGGUCUAAUGAAGGUAUGCGGAAAACUAUCCAAGUACAUGAUGUAUCUUUUGGUUACCCAGCCUUCCAUGCUGCCGCUAUCUGUGAGCGCGGCUGCUACCCUGGAUAUGGUUCAGCAACCUGGAAAGGUUACAGAGUCGUGUGAAGAUAUUAAGUUGGAAACAAGCAAGGAAACCUUGGAGGAGUUGGCACGCAUGUGGACGCGGCUCCUGAUUUACUCUGCUGGCAAGUCAAGGGGUCAUGCUUCGCAGCUGAGUGGAGGAGGAGAGCUCAUCACAUUUGCCUGGCUACUCAUGGCCCACUACGGGAUCGGGGAAAACCAUAAUAAAAGAAUCCAUCUGUUUAGGAAUGAUGAUGCCAAUGCAGCAGACAUUAGGAAUGUAUACGCCUUCUGUUUACCCUCUGGAGAAAUGGAAUCAGGCACUCAUAAUCGCAGGUCGGAAUGGGAUGAUAUACCGGGUUUUUAAUAAGACAGAUUGCUUCGUGGCGCAGGGAAGCCUACCUGUCCAUCUUCCGUUUGUUUCGGGUGUGCUUCAGCCUUCUGUCCGGAUUUGCGUUUUUUAUGUGCACGCUUUGCACUUUCCUUGUGAUGAAAUGAGGCACUCUUCCUGUCCUGGUCGUGCCAUUUCCCGCUGAUAUGUAUUCCCUCCAUUCCCAUUUACUUGUAGUGGGAAUAGGCAAACAUCAUGUAAUCUUUAAUUUUAAUAUGUAUUCCCUCCAUUCCCAUUUACUCAUUGCUCUUCUUCAUGCAGACAUCAUUGGAUUACUAGCUCAUAUUAAGCCAAUAGA